AUGCUCGUCAACCAGCCCAUUCGUCCACGGCCCAUUAAGACUCGGUCAAGAGCAGGUUGCAAGUAUUGUCGAGACAAGAGGAAGAAGUGCUCCGAAGAGCAUCCGCAAUGCCUCCGCUGCGUGCAAGCCGGUGUCAACUGCGUAUACGAACCGAUCAAGAAGAGAAAGCGAAGAACAUCAACUAGGACAAUCGAAAUCCAAGAUGCCGCGGCAUCCGACGAUUCCGAUAGUCAGACAGGCAACACCGACCUGCAGACGAGCCCGGACACGGCCAUCCUUACUCCGCCUGAUGGACUGCGGGCUGACGCCGAGAACUCGCUUUCGCCGUCGACAUCCGUGGACAACUGUCUUUCGGCCUCGAUAGACUCGGUUUUCCCUCUCUGUGAUGAUGUCGAUGACUCUUACGCCUUCGAGCUUGGAUACGGAAGUUCAGACAUGUACGAGAACGAAUACACAACAGUCACGGAUAUGGGCUCCCGCCAGAAGCAGGCCGAGGUUCACCUACCACUCUCUCUUACGACCACGAACGAUGGACUGCAAGCGCCAGAUGACUCUUACUUUUCGGCCAGCCUCGAAAUGUCUUGGAGCGAACCAGCUUGGUCGACCGUUUCUCCGCCGUUGAACAGCCUGCUGCCGCCAGCGUAUCACGGCGUCUCUGAAUGCCCGGAGGACACCGGUUUGCUGGACCACUACUCGAAAGUGAUGCUGCCUACGAUGGGUUUCAAAGAGGACGUCAGCAACCCCUACGAACAGCACAUACUCCCUCUAUCGCACAGGAGCUCUGCCGUCCGAAGCGCCAUCUACGCCCUGGCCAGUGCGCAUCGGGAAUACCUUGGUCUCGAGAACACGGAGGGUUCCGCUUGUUUCCACGAAAGAGCCGUGGCUGGGCUGUCAGCAAUUAUCGAGGACGGGGAUGGGUUUGAAGAAGCGUUGGCUACCAUAGUGCUUCUUCUACAGUAUGACUUGCUGAUGCAACGAAGCCUGCCCAACGUUAUACACAACCAUCUCCAAGGAGCAUGGCACAUUAUCAGCGCUAUGGCUUCUCCAAAGCCGGCCAGCGUUGAGUUUUUCGAGCAGGUGUUCCGCUACUUUGACGUCCUCAAUGCCUUGACGAACGGCUCGUCGCCCGUCUUUGCGGCCCCUUCAUCCAAUCGAGCCUACUCCCCCGGCAGCUCGCCACCCCCUAUUGUGUUCAGCGGCAUCGACCCCGUGUUCGGCAUGGCCGACGACCUUUGGCCCACCCUGCAUCGUCUCGGGGAACUCAUCACGAUGAAGUGCGAACUCCAAGCCGCCAUGGCAACGGGCCAGGCAUCCAAGUUCGCAGUCCUCCGCACCGAGUACCAGACAACCUUCAAGGCCAUCGAGAGGGCCUUGGAAUCGUGGGGCCCGAUCUUGCCACCGGGCUUCUCCUUGGUCAACCGCAUCGUCGACGGGCCCGAGGACGCAUCUGAGGCCGAGCUCGCCAACAUCAGGUGGAUCACGAGCACGGCGCUUGCCUACAGACAGAGUGCGCUGGUCUACCUAUACAGCACCAUCUCCGAGUACCCUUCCUCGCACAGCCUGGUGCAGAAGCACGCGCAGGCCGCGCUGUGGCACUGCGCGGCGGCCGUCUCGCACGGCGGGACGGGUCAGUCGAUGCUGUGGCCGCUAUUCUUCUCGGCCUGCCACGCCAUCUGCAGCCGGGAUCGGGGCCUCGUGCGGCAGGCCUUCACUUCGCUCGGCGGCAAGAAGGGGGCAGUCGAUACGGAGAAGCCUUGGGCCGUGGUCAUGGAUGUGUGGAGACGGAUGGACAUGCGAGCCUAUGGCAAGGAACAGGUGGGCGCAGAGGCCUGUCCGGACCUGUGGAAGCAGGUGGCGGCGAGCAUGAAGUUCGGCCUCGUGUUUGGCUGA